CCCGCAUUUGCUUGCGUCGGGUUAUGACUUCGGACAUUUGUGAUCGAUCGUCGGCUUGAUGUGCGGCUUCGGCACAGUCGCAAGUCCUAUCGGACUUUGUCGGUAGUGUUGAAGAGCAUGGCUGGCGAAGCUAAGCGAAAUCUGGACUGACCGCGAUAUCUGGGGUAAAACCUGGAGAAGGCUGGAGGAUGGGUCCGGGGAAUUGACCAGAUAUAUAAUCAAUCUGAUCUUCCCUGCCACUACCUAUUCCGACAGAUACACUUCAUCAACACGCAAAACCUUUCAGUAUGGCUAUCGUCCAGCAACCUGACGGCUCGUCUCCCUCAUUAUCCGAUCACAAUCCUGCGAACGAGAAGGGCAUGGCGACCCAUCUCGAUACCGUGAGCAGCAGCAAUGCGAUGAACAACAUGUUCCUCAAUGCCGCAUCUGCAUCAGAGAAGGAGCAUAAGAUGACCUUGCUGCAAGGCAUCAGACUAUACCCUAAGGCGAUCCUCUGGGCUGUUCUCAUUGCGCUCUGCUGUGCCAUGGAAGGUUACGACAUCGCGCUUAUUGGGAACUUCUACGCCUUUGAGCCAUUUAAUCGAAAAUACGGCGAGCUUACACCCGACGGUGACUAUCAGGUGCCUGCCCGGUGGCAAGCCGGUAUUUCGAAUGGCGCUCAGGUUGGCCAAAUUAUUGGACUGCUGUUGACCGGCGUGGGUGUGGAGCGCUUCGGCUACAGACCGUUCAUUCUAGGUGUCCUCUUCUACCAAUGCGCUGUCACCACAAUCUUCUUCGUCGCUCCCACCAUUAAGAUCCUGUUGGUAGCCGAGUGCUUCGCUGGCAUCGCCUUCGGAGUUUUCAUGUCGGUGGCAAUUUCGUAUGCAAGUGAGGUUUGCCCAGUAGCUCUUCGAGGUUACUUGACGACCUGGGGAAACUCAUGCUGGGGAAUUGGUCAAUUGAUCGCCAUCGGCGUAAUCAAGAGCAUGUUCGGUAGGACUGAUGAAUGGGCGUACAGAAUCCCGUAUGCUCUACAGUGGAUGUGGUUCCCUCUGCUCAUUACUAGCAUUUAUCUGGCCCCAGAAUCUCCUUGGUGGUACGUCCGCAAGGAGCGAUACGACGAUGCGAAACGGUCCCUGCUCCGGCUUACGUCUCCCAAGAGAGAUCCUACCUUCAAUGCAGAUGAAACCGUUGACAUGAUGCGACACACUAACGAGCUCGAGAAAGAGAUGUCCGCGGGUACGUCGUAUGUAGACUGCUUCAAAGGUGUCAACCGACGUCGAACAGAAAUUGUCUGCAUGCUUUUCCUCUCACAGAACCUAGCUGGCAACACAUUCUCCAACUACUCCACCUAUUUCUUCGAACAAGCUGGAUUGACAGGAACCAUCCCUUACGACUUCGCACUUGGACAAUAUGGCCUGAAUACAAUCGGCGCAUUCGUUGUAUGGACAUUCAUGGCUUAUGGAGUCGGCCGACGCACACUGUUCCUUUGCGGUUUGACCGGACUUUUCCUCACUCUACUUUCGCUCGGUUUUGUUGGUCUGGUCCCAGAAGCACAGAAACACCAAGCGUCACUUGCCACUGGCGCGCUCAUGAUCGUCUGGGCAGCAUUCUACCAAUUCUCGGUCGGAACUGUCGCCUUCUCCCUCGUUGCUGAGCUAUCAUCUCGUCGCCUUCAGGUGAAGACCGUAGCUCUAUCUCGUGUCGCAUACAAUCUCGGUGCCAUUGUUGUUAAUGUCCUCACACCAUACAUGAUCAACCCGACUGCCUGGGACUGGGGUAACUUUGCUGGAUUCUUCUGGGCUGGAACCUGUUUCUGCGUACUUGUAUACCACUACUUUCGCCUCCCUGAGCCGUCCGGUCGUACUUUCGCAGAGAUUGAUCUACUCUUCGAGCGUGGUGUCCCAGCAAGACAGUUCAAGACGGCUAAUAUCGAUGCGUUUGAUGUGGCGCUCACUAGCCAGAUCGCUGCAGACAAGCCAGAGACAGUCAGGCAGGAACAUGUCUAAAGCCCCGGGUUCUUUUUGGUUCACGUUAUCUGUGUACGAAGAGUUGAGAGGAGACCAUCACCUGCUUUAGCUUGAGCUUGUUGUAAACCAUGUAUCUACUUAAAAUUUGUCAUCGCAAUCAA